ACGAGGUCAUGCCUUUGGUAAAGAGGAACAUUGAGCCUCGCCACCUGUGCCACAGUGCAGUGCCUGAUGGGAUUGGCAACGAGCUUGAAUGUGUGACCAAUAACACGCUGUCCACCAUCAUCCGUCAGCUCAGUAGUCUGAGUACACAUGCAGAAAAUGUUUUCGGGGAGCUUUUUAACGAGGCUAACACCUUUUAUGGGCGUGCCAACUCCCUGCAGGACCGUAUCGACCGCUUGGCCGUCAAGGUCACCCAGCUGGACUCCAGCGUGGAGGAAGUCUCGCUUCAGGACAUAAACAUGAGGAAGGCAUUCAAAAGCUCCACUGUUCACGACCAGCAGGUUUUGUCAAAGGGCAGCACGCCCAGCUCGGUGGCUGAGAUGCACAACCGCAGCGACAGGCCUCCUCCCCUCGAUGCCCUCACUGCCUACAGGGAGGAUUCUACAAAUGCGAUGAACUUCUACUCCGACCCAUCGUACUUCUUUGAACUGUGGAAGGAGAAAAUGCUCCAGGACACCGCGGAGAAGCGGAAAGAAAGGCGGAGGCAAAGGGAGCAGAAGCGAUGUGUGGAGAGCAGCACCCUUCAGCGCGAGGUGAAGAAGGUGAGAAAGGCGAGAAACCGCAGACACGAGUGGAACAUGAUGGCCUUCGAUAAAGAGCUUCGUCCAGAUCACCGCCAUCCACAAACCCUGCGCCGAGGGGCUUCGUCUGAGGGCUCGCUCUCACCUGAUGGCAGGCCUGACCUCCCAGACUACCCCAUCCCUCCUGUGCCUGCCCACGCUGCUUGUAAUUAUGCCAAGUCACAUAAUAAGCCAUCCUCGUCACCACCUGUGGAGCAUGAAUACCACAGCAUUGAUGUCAACUACAAGAGAGUGACCUACGACACUGCAGAGCCCCUCACUCUGAACGGCUCAUCACAUCCACCUGCAGACUUCCACUCGCAUCCUCCACCUCCUACCUCAGGCCCACCCAUCCCCUCAGCACAGACAGCCUUUGGUUUCCCUCCGGUUGCACUUUCACCAACACCACAUAAUGGAGUUUCACAUAUAGGCCCAGGCUACCCGCUCCCACCUGUACCUCCUCCAGGAAUACACAUGAUGCCUCCUCCUCCGGGUCCUCCUCCUCUCCCUCCCCCAGCUGCACCCUCACACCUUGCAGGAUGCAGCGAAGGAGGAAGAGGGGAGACAAAACCCGUGAGAGAUGCGAGGAGCGACUUGUUGUCCGCCAUUCGUAUAGGCAUCCAGCUGAAGAAAGUCCAAGAGCAGCAGGAGCAGCAGAACAAGCGCGAGCCGGUGGGGAACGACGUGGCCACCAUCCUAUCCCGUCGCAUUGCGGUGGAGUACAGUGACUCAGAAGAGGACUCGGAGCUGGAUGAAAACGACUGGUCAGACUGACCAGACAAAAAAGCACAGCAUCUGAUUCAAAAUUGACUUCAGUGGAUUUUCAGUGCAUAUAAAGCAAAAUCACUCUCUUUGGCUCCACCUGGUGUGCUGUACAUACAAAUCCACUGUGGGCAGAGUAUCCAUAACCUCCUCCUUAAUGAUUCAAACUGCAAUCGAUGCAGUGUAAGCUUCAAGUUUUCUA